CUCGCAAUACAAACUAAAAAAAGGCUCCAAAAUUUUCCUUCCAAAAUAAACACAGACUCUCUCGCGGGCUUCGUCUUCCUCAGAAGAUACAUCCGGCAAACAACUGAAGAACAGCCGUUCUGCUCUUUUUUCUCCCCCAAUUUUGUCCUCUCGAAACCCUAAACGGAGUCUUGGCUUCUACAGGUUUUCCUUUUGGUUUCAGGGAUGGUUGACAUUACUCAUUCCGAAGGUGAAAGCGAAGCCGUUGCUUUGCCCCCUGGGACACCAGUACCUCCUAUUAUGAAGCCAGAAAAGGCGGUGCCUCCUACAUAUACCAUAAUGAGUAGACGUGGUGUAGGAAGCAAAGGGAGACGCAUUCCUUUGCUCACUAACCACUUUAGAGUGUCUGUCAAUGCUCCCGAUUUAAUUUUCUAUCAAUACAGUGUUACAAUUAGCUAUGAAGAUAACAAGCCUGUUGAAGGAAAGGAAAUUGGACGGAAACUCAUGGAUAAACUCUAUCAAACUUACUCUGCUGAACUCGCUAAUAAAAGGUUUGCAUAUGAUGGAGAAAAAUGUCUUUAUUCCAUCGGCCCCCUGCCGCAAAACAAGUUUGAUUUCACAGUGGUGCUAGAGGGAUCAUAUGCAAAACCGGAAUCUGGGAACUCUAGGAGCAGUGGGAGCCCAAAUGGGGCUGGGAAGAGGUCAAAGCAUAGUUUUCAGUCAAAGACUUUUAAGGUUGAGCUAAGCUUUGCUACGAAAAUUCCAAUGAAAUCCAUUUUUACUGCCCUCAAGGGAUCAGAGGUAGAUAAUGGCGGCACUCAGGAUGCAUUGAGAGUGCUCGACAUUAUCCUGAGGCAACAAGCAGCAAACCGGGGAUGUCUUUUAGUAAGGCAGUCAUUCUUUCACGAUGACUCAAGGAACUUUACUGAUAUUGGAGGAGGGGUAACAGGAGUACGGGGAUUCCAUUCCAGUUUCCGGUUGGCACAGGAUGGAUUAUCCUUGAAUAUGGAUGUUUCUACCACAAUGAUCCUGAAACCUGGAUCAGUGAUCGACUUCCUAAUAGCUAAUCAGAAUGUACGUGAACCACGUUAUAUUGACUGGGUGAAGGCAAAAAGAAUGUUGAAGAACUUGAGGGUUAAUGCAAGGCAUCGGAACAUGGAAUUUAAAAUCACUGGUUUAAGUGAAAAGCCGUGUAACCAACAAUUUUUUUCCAUGAAACUGAAGAAUAACGGCAGUACAGAUGGAGAGAUGAUUGAUAUUACUGUGUAUGAGUACUUUGUCAGACAUUGUGGCAUUGAAUUGACUUAUUCUGCUUAUUUGCCAUGUCUAGAUGUUGGGAAGUCUAAACGGCCGAAUUAUUUACCUUUAGAGUUGUGCUCACUUGUUUCGCUUCAACGCUACACAAAGGCUUUGUCUUCAAUGCAAAGAGCAUCUUUGGUCGAGAAAUCAAGGCAGAAGCCUCAGGAAAAAAUAAAAAUUGUCACCGACGCUUUGAAAAGUUAUCGAUAUGAUGAGGAUCCGGUGCUAGCUCAGUGUGGGCUAAAAAUUGAUAAACAACUGACACAGGUUGAGGGUCGUGUACUUGAAUCUCCAAAGUUGAAGGUUGGUAGAAGUGAUGAUUGUAUCCCUCGUAAUGGACGAUGGAACUUUAAUAACAAGACACUUCUGAAUCCCACUCGCAUUGACUCUUGGAUUGUGGUUAAUUUCUCAGCACGUUGUGAUACUAGCUACAUAUCACGUGAACUUAUCAAUUGCGGAAGAAAUAAAGGCAUUCAUAUUGAAAGACCAAUUACAUUGAUCGAGGAAGACCAGCAUUCUAGAAGGGCCAGCCCUGUUGACAGGGUUGAGAAUAUGUUUGAACAGAUCAUGGCAAAGUUGCCAAACCCACCAUCUUUUAUUCUGUGUGUCCUCCCAGAAAAGAAAAAUUCUGAUAUUUAUGGACCUUGGAAGAAGAAGUGUCUAUGCGACUUUGGGAUUGUUACACAGUGCAUUUCCCCCACUAAAAUUAAUGAUCAGUAUAUUACUAAUGUACUUCUUAAGAUUAACUCUAAGCUGGGAGGUAUAAACUCAUUGUUGGCUAUUGAGCAUGCGUCCUGUGUUCCAUUGAUAAAAGAUACUCCAACGUUGAUCUUGGGAAUGGAUGUGUCUCAUGGGUCUCCUGGACGAUCAGACGUGCCAUCAAUUGCUGCAGUUGUUGGAUCCAGAUCCUGGCCACUAAUAUCAAGGUAUAGAGCAGCUGUAAGGACGCAGUCCCCUAAGUUGGAAAUGAUUGAUGCUCUAUAUAAGCCUCUGGAGGAUGGCAAUGAUGAUGGUAUCAUUAGGGAAUUGCUUUUGGAUUUCUAUAGAACGAGCAAUGGCCGUAAACCAGCUCAGAUCAUUGUCUUUAGAGACGGAGUUAGCGAAUCUCAAUUUAAUCAAGUUUUGAACAUCGAGUUGGAUCAAAUAGUCAAGGCUUACCAACAUCUUGGAGAGGUUAAUGUUCCAAAAUUCACGGUUAUUGUAGGGCAAAAAAAUCACCAUACAAAAUUUUUUCAAGCUGGUGCCCCAGAAAAUGUUCCACCUGGAACGGUUGUCGACACAAAAGUUGUACAUCCGAAAAAUUAUGACUUCUACAUGUGCGCUCAUGCGGGAAUGAUUGGCACGUCAAGGCCCGCACACUACCAUGUCCUGGUCGACGAAAUAGGUUUUGCUCCUGACGAUCUUCAAAAUCUUAUUCAUUCACUAUCUUAUGUGUAUCAAAGGAGCACAACUGCACUUUCAAUAGCCGCACCGAUAUGUUAUGCGCAUCUUGCUGCCGCACAGAUGAGCCAGUUUAUUAAGUUUGAGGAUCAUUCUGAAACCUCCUCAGAACAAGGAGCCAUUACCUCAAGUGGAAGUGUUUCGAUUCUGGAGCUUCCCCGAUUGCACAAAGAUGUUGAUGGCUCUAUGUUCUUCUGCUGAGGCAGGCAGUGUUUAUUCUUCCCCUCAGGUAAAUUUUAUUAGCUUAGGAAAUUUUGUGUAGAUAGAGCGGGAAUAUAGAAGCAAAUAUAUAUACCAUAGCAAACCAACUUAGAAGGUGGUAGGACAAUGAGAAGAUCAUAGAUAGGUGAGUAGAGAAAAGUAGAUAGCAGCAACCAACCUUCCAAGCUUGAAUUUUGUGCACAGGAUGCUCGUUAGAUUAGAGUGCCAAUAUUUCUUUUUUUCAA